AUGCCUCCUCGUGUUCCCGAUCAAGAAGUUCCGGCCCCCGAGGCGCCAUACCGUGUGCCUCCGCCGCUCGAGAUCGACGAUAUCAUUGGACUUCGGCGCGCUCGCCUCCAUGGGCCGGAGUUGGUGGACGCGCAGCAGCUGCCUCCCGGCAACCGCCUCGAGGAGGCGCAGUCUGAUUCUUGCGGUUGGCAGAACAUUGUCGCGCAAUUCGUCCCGGUGCAGUGGCGUUUUAUUUUGCUGCGCCGUGCCAUCAACCGUCGCAACCAGCUGCUACUUAUGGUGGGGCAAGCAGGCCUUGUCAAUUACAUCGACCAGAACGCUCUGCAAUACGAUCGGGCCAUGGGCCGUUUGGUGCGGCUCGUCGCUACGGUCGGCGAGCACCGCACUCAGCCCGCCUACCGGCGCCUCCAUCGUGCGGCGUCUGGAUGGGUGCAUAAGAUCCGCAUCCUGAUGGCGGAGCUCCGCCAGAUGGUUACCGCUCUCUUUGAA